GCUGGAUUCAGCCUAGUCUCUUGCCUCGCCUUGCCUCGCCUCGCCUUGCAUAAGACGCACUUACUCGAUAAACGAAUUGUUCAAUACAACUCGGAUUUCGGGAAUUCCCGACCUCAAACCCAGAAGUAGGAACAUGUCUCAGGAAGGAAUUAUACUUUGACCGCUUUUCCCAGAACUGAAGUUACUUUCACCGUCUUAUACUGUAUUCCUGUUUGGUUUAAUCAACAGGACAUUCGCGUAACGUACCGAUCUGCGUUGUUUCCUAAUAACACACUGACUCUUGUUCCGUUUCUUACAUUAUAAUAUAAUAACCUUAGAGAGGUGCCGUUUUGUUUCUCUAGAGUUGACAUGCUGUGUAACCAGCCUAAGCUACUGCGUAACUCUAUAUCCAGCGGAGCAAGAAGUCGAGAGGAAGGGUUGGUUCUGCUUCAAAUCAACGCCUAAAGAAUCAGAUAAGCAGGAAUGGACAUCGCGCUUGACGUUAUAUGUUCAGCAUUUCUGCUUUAUGACUGUGUUUGGUAAAUUGUCAUCUGGACGCGAUAUAAACAGUUUUUUUUUUUUAUUAAGGUGAUAUGCCCAAACUUUCGCCACGCAGGGCUUUCAUUGCUGUGGUUGGAUUGAGUACGGUUUUUGCUUUCCUGGUUUUAAACAAUUUAUAUGCGCCAUAUCACAAAAAAUGGACUCCUAUAUCUAAAGAGCUUUAUGAUGUGAUAUCACCAUCAUCAUACAGAUACAUUCUCAACCAGCCUGACCUCUGUGAGAAGAAGAGACCUUACCUGGUUCUUAUGAUCCCCGUGUCUCUGAGAGAAACAGAGGCGAGAACUGCCAUUAGAAAGACGUGGGGUCGCGAGAGCUUGACUGGUGUGUCAACAUUGAGUUUUUUUGUCAUAGGACAGCCCGUACAAGACGACCCAACACAUCAGCAACAGCUGGAAAGGGAGAGCGAGGAAUAUGGGGAUAUCAUUCAAAUGGAUUUUUUGGACACCUACCAGAAUCUCACUAUCAAGACGGUUAUGAUCAUGUACUGGAUAGCUACACACUGCCAGUGUGCCCGGUAUGCCAUGAAAAUUGAUGCAGAUACUUUUCUCAACUUGCCUUACCUUGUGAACUACCUGCAUGCAAAGGGAGAGUCCUCGAGAGAGGGUUACAUCUCAGGAUCAGUCAUCAGAGACGCUCAACCUAAAAGAAACAUCCUCAGCAAAUGGUUUCUCUCAGAGGAAAUUUACCCAGACACUUCAUAUCCUGCUUAUUUGUCUGGGGCAGCGUAUGUCUUUUCUAUUGACCUGGCCUCAAAAAUUUAUUUGGCUUCUAGGUUUGUUCAGCCAAUUCCACUUGAAGAUGUCUAUGUGGGGUUGUGCCUGCAUGUACUUGGUGUACAACCAGUCUAUUCCACGCGCUUUUUUAGACUCAGGAAUCUUUUUGAAGUGCGUAAGAUGAAGUAUGACAGGUGCACUUUUGCCAGACGCAUUACAGUGAAUGGCUUUAAACCACAGAACCUGCUUAAAAUUUGGUUUGACUUUCAGAAAGCUCGUUUUACAUGUUAGUUCUGUUUGUAACUCAUUUUUUCUUUUUGAGCUCUUAUAACCCAUCAAUCAGGUCCUUUACUUUAUUUUCUCAAUCCUGCAUGUUUUAAAACCAAACACAAUCGUUUUGCUUUCUUUUUGUAGACCGUGCGUAGUCCGUCUCGUUAUGCCAGCAGGACUGGUCUCACUUGGGAAUAAGCUUCACCAAGGUAAACAUCAUGUGAUCAUCUGCUGCUCCAUUGAUGUAAUAUGGUGCACUUGAAAAACUUUUCCAGGCCUCAAGACCGAAUAAAUCAAUUUUGACCAGUAAAUUGUGGCUGGUGUGACUGAAUGUACUUUUGAGAUGACUGUAAAGUUGAGUUUUUUUUUUUUAUAAACAUUUUUGUUUGUGCCUCAAGACCCUUUUUUAUUCUAUGUGGUGCUUUAUAAUGAUAACGGAAUACUGACUUUAAAGAACAUGUUUAGUGUUCUUUUUUAUUUUACAAAACACACUUAGUUCACAUUUACAUUCUGUACUACAGCUCGCGUAAAUAUACACUUUCCCAUAAAAUUACAUUUAUUAACUUGUAAUUAUAUUGUGAUGUAUGAUAUGUGUUUGCUAAUAAAAUAUUUUUAGAUUACAAAUUGAGCUGUUUGUUUAUAGGGAUACUCCACCCAAAAAUUAAAAAUAUGUCAUGAAUUACUCUCCCCAAGUUGUUAGAAAACCUGUAUAUGUUUAGGAACAGGUUGCUGUUGAAACAUGCCGGGAAAACUGCCUGCCGCACCUGUUUGUUUAUUAGGAAUAAAUCUAUACAGGUUUGUAACAAUUUAAGAGUGAAUAAUGACAAAAUUUUAAUUUGUGGGUGGAGUAUACCCUCUUCAUUUCAAAGAAUGUGAUGCGUCAAUUAAACACAUUGUGGCGCUGUUUACCUAUUAUUAAUAGCGACUGGCGCACUAAGUGAGGUAUUUUGGAAACCAAGAACUGUUAAAUGAAUGAAUACUUACGUGUUGUUAAGAUUACAAACAAACCAACACAUUGCACUUACAGUAGCUUAAAUUGUACUUGUAUCAUUGAAAGAAAGAAGAAAGAAACUAAUAAUGAUUUAGAAUCUGAAAAUAAAAAUGAGAAAGUAAACAGAGAUUAUGAUUGGCAACAUCGGGUUAUAUUAAGGAAAUUUGAGUAUUAUCAGCAUAGUUUU